AUGAUUUCUACAAGAUUUAGCUCUACAAUUCUCUUUUUCUUUGUGCUAAUGGCACAAUAUUUUGCCAAUGCGGUGCCCGUAUUAGGCAGUCUUCCUAAGAGACAGAUUGUUACCAGAAUGCACACCGCUAGCACUACCAACGUAGUGACUGACUUUUACUCAACCACUACGGAAGUAGACGUCGCUCCCACCGUUGAGUUUAUAAUCAGCGGCGAUGCCACGCUCACGACUACCUUGCCAAGAGCAGACGGAUCCACCCCUACUGGAAAUCCCACUACUACCCUUCUAUUGACGAUCAAACCCCAACAAAACUACGUCGCGGAUCCUUCCUCCACCACUUGUGCUACUACUGUGGCUAAUGGAACCCCCAAAGGAACAGUUUACGUCUCUGCCGUACAAGCCUCGCAGGUGGGCCAGAACGCUAAUACUCAAAGUCAGCAACAAGCUUCGUCUACUUAUUUCACUAGCAAUCUUGUUGCUUCCACCUCUGUUCUACCUCAACAAGCUGUCCCUUCUGCCUAUUCUGAGAAUGAUCAGACAAUUGCUACCUCUGUGACUUCCUCGAGCCCACAAACUUCAACUACUUCAAGCCUUCAAACUUCCGUCACUCCAGCAUCAACCACCUCCAAUGCUCAGGAAACCUCUGGUAAUUCAGUAUCGUCUAGUUUCGGCUCUUCCGCUCCGCUUUCCGGCACACAACAGAUUUAUUAUUCAUCAAGCACGGCUCAAACAGAUUUCGCUUCUAAUGCCCAGCAGACGACUUCUACCACAACAAGCUCGUCCUCAACUAGCGAACAAGCUGUGUCUUCGUCCGUUUCCCAAACGUCUACUCUCUCAUCAAGUGCCCAAUCAAGUUCAUCCGGUGGCUUGACCAGUGCUCCUACCGCCUUGGUGUACUCUCCUUACAACAAUGACAACACCUGCAAAGACUCCUCUAGUGUUUAUCAAGAUAUGGAGUACAUUAAGUCCAGAGGCGUCUCCAAGAUUAGAAUUUAUGGUACAGACUGCAACUCUUUGGAAACUAUCACAUCUGCUGCCCAAUCGCUAGGUAUGACCAUAAACCAAGGCAUGUGGAUCACUUCUGCUGGUGUUGACUCCAUUGAUAGUUCUAUUGCGGCGAUUUUGUCGUACGGCGAGUCUAAUGGAUGGGACUUAUUCGAUGUUUUGACUAUUGGUAACGAAGCGAUUCUUAACAACUAUUGCUCUGUCGAUGAAUUACUGGGUAAAAUUUCUUCAGUAAGAACCCAAUUUGAAAACGCAGGAUUCAAAGGCAAAUUCACCACAAGCGAGCCUCCAGUCUCUUUCGAAAAUAACCCCAAGUUGUGCCAAGAUGCCAAGAUCGAUUUCGUCGGCAUCAACUCUCAUGCGUAUUUCGAUGUCAACUCUUCUGCUGAUUCAGCUGGAACCUUCGUCAAAGGCCAACUCGAGUUGAUUCAACAAGUUUGCGGGACGAACAACGUUGAGGUAACUGAAACUGGAUACCCAUCCGGUGGUGAUCAAAAUGGCGGAAAUUACCCAUCUGCUGAAAAUCAAAUCAAAGCUGUUCAAAACAUUUUGAAUGAAAUGGGCCAACAAGUCACCGUUUUAUCCACUUACAAUGAUUACUGGAAACAGCCAGGUCCUUAUGGCAUCGAGCAAUUUUUCGGUGUUGGUGAAAUUUUGCCCACUGUCUAA